AUUAUGAUUAUGAUCAUGAAAGAUUUGACAGACGCGGUCGUAAUCGAAGUGCAGAACGCGAUCGAACUCCUGAAAGAAAAAGGGAGCGAAACAGAAUGAGAGGUCGAAGUGACCGAACACCAGAAAGGAACAGAGAUUCUGAACGUACACCAAACAAUAGCCGACGUGACAGAACACCUGAUCGAAACAGAGACAGAGAUCGCAGCUCAGAUCACAGGAGAGCACGCAGCAGAGAUCGUAGCCGGGACAGAGAAAGAGAUCGAAGUAGAAGACACAGAGAAAGAGAUGAUCGUCAUUACAGGAGAAGGAGCAAACAUAGUCGGGACCGUAGUCGUGAUCGAAGUAGAGAUCGUACACGUGACAGAAGUCGAGAUCACACACGUGACAGAAGUCGAGAUCGCACACGUGACAGAAGUCAUGAUCGCAUGCGUGACAGAAGUCGAGACCGCACACGUGACCAUAGUAGAGAACAUAGUCGUGAUCGUGAUCGUGAUCGUGAUAAGCGAAACUAUAGAGACUAUGAUGAAGAGGAUAGAUCCAGCAAACGAGAUAGAGAGAAGGAGAAAGAUGAUAAAUACUCCAAGGGAAAGAAGUCUGAAAAACCAGCCAACUCCUGGUUAGAGUUCGAAUCUAAAUUCACAGGAAAGGAUGGUGCCAAAAAAUUGUCAAAUGUACCUUCAUCUAAUCAAUCAUCAGAUUAUGUACAAAGCAUGUACAACGUUUUCUUUCAAAAAACAUCUGCAAGCACUUCAACAGGAACAACAAUCUCACAGGCAAAUGCAGCAGAAUAUUAUCAAAAUUACUCUGACUAUCCACAGCAUGGAUCAAUUACAGGAACUCCUGUGGAUGGGAUGUAUCCAAAUACUGCAAACCAAACUCCCACAAUGCACCAGUUAACACCGCAACCUACAGAGAUAUUUAGGGGUCAGUAUCAGCAAACUCCCCCACAGGCACCCGUACCAAACCAACCUGGUUUUCAGCAGUUUCCUGGUCAGGUCCCAAUCUCAGGGCCUACUCCACAGGGACAUAUAGGGAAGGGACUUCAACCACAGGGGAUUCCUGUUCAAGGUCCUCCACCUCAGGGGAUACCGGGACAAGGACCUCCACCACAGGUGAUACCAGGACAAGGACCUCCACCCCAGGGGAUACCAGGACAAGGACCUCCACCCCAGGGGAUACCGGGACCUCCAUCACAAGGAAUAGCUGGCCAGGGUCCUCCACCACAGCAUCUAGGACCAGCAUCAACACUUCAAGGACAGAGUAUUCCAACUCAUGGUUUACCAAGCCAAGCACCCCAGUCCUUACAGUCACAGUCUGUUGACAGGAGUCUGACCAUGAACCCACAUAUCCAAGGACAGCUACCUCCUUCUGCCUUGUUGCAACAAACUCCAGGUCACUCUGCCCUGCCCCCACAGCCCGGCAUUGGAAACGCUCCAUACAUGGAAUCACAGCAGCACAUGUACAGCCAGCAAGCUGCAUACCCAUCUGAGGGUCUGACUUCUACAAUUCCACCAUCGCCAGGCCAACAGGGGGUUCCACCUAUACAGAGACUUUACCCUGAGGAGGUUGUUCCCCCUUCUGCUGUUCCCAACAUUCCUGAUGGAAGGUACAGUAGCACACCUCAUUCUACCUCAUCGUUUAAUCAAACCCCACCAAGCACGGCUCAAGGAGAAGAGGCGCCAUUACAGGGAUUAUUUGGAAAGAAGUUUCAGGUGUCCUCUUCAUUUGACAAUUCAGAUUCAAAGCCUAUCGUGUCCUCAACUGCGAAGAUGCUACCAGCACCGUUUCCCAAGGCUCCUCGGAACCAGUCUCUCAUGAAAGACACUCAGGAACCAACAACAUCGUCCACCACUUCACCUGUACCUCGUAAAAAGGCCGGUAAAUCAUCACCAAGAUCUCAACUGUUUGCAAAAAUGUCAAUGCCAGAAGAGCUCAAGCAGGUCCCAACAUCUUCAGAGGAAAAAGUUUCUGAGGUGGCUAUGUCACCAGGAGAGAACACACCUCCUCAACCGUCAUCAUCGCCAGCACUACCAACGUCAAGUGACACUGAUUUCCCAUCAUCCAUUACUGUACCUCAUGGAGUACCAAUUAAGCUAGGCAUCAAGCAGGAGCUUCAAGCUCGUAAAGAAAUGGAACAAACUAUAACAUCUCCUCCGCCAUCAAGUCGUCCAUUCAAGGUCAAGUCAAGGUGGCUCCGGUUUAGCGAGCUGGAGACCCCAUUGCCACCAUCUUCACCAGGAGAUUCCAAUCUUCCUACAUCUACGUCUUCAGAAGGUCAGAAAACAGAACACUCUGGUGACAGUCAGCAAGGAGACGAGACAACAGCAACUAAACAAAACCUUGAUAUAAAGAAAGAGUCAUAUGAUGCCUGGGAUCCUUCGUCAGAUCUGAUCAUUUCACCUACCGUUAAUUUAAAGACCGAGAAAUCCAGCAAGAAAGAAAAUAGAAAGAAAGAAAAGGAGAAAGAGAAAAGCAAGCCCGUUCCUGUUCCGACACCAACAGAGGUCAAAGUGAAGGAAGAGAAGAAAGAAGAAGUGGUUGAGGAAGUAGAUGAGAACAAGCCCCCUCACUUUGACCGUAUUGAAGACAAUAUAUACAUGGGUGAAAGAAAGAAAUCUAAGAAGAUGAAGGAAGUGAGACGUAUGCUGUGUGAUUGUACCGCCUCCCCAGAGGACCGCGAGAUGGGUCUGGUCGCUUGUGGAGAGGACUGUCUUAACCGUAUGCUGUAUAUAGAAUGUGGGUCACGCUGUCAGUGUGGGGACUACUGUACCAAUAAAAGAAUCCAGAAGAAACAAUAUGCUAAUGUGGAACCCUUCAGAACCCCAUGGAAGGGAUUCGGUCUGAAAACAAACGAGGAUCUCGUACCUGGUCAGUUUGUGAUGGAGUAUGUUGGAGAGGUGCUAGACUAUCGUCAGUUCAAGAGUCGUACCAAACAGUACGCUAAGACUGGACAAGAACAUUACUACUUCAUGGCCUUAAAUGCUGAUGAGGUCAUUGAUGCCACGACACGCGGGAACAUCUCCCGAUUCAUCAACCACAGCUGUGACCCCAAUUGUGAAACACAAAAGUGGACAGUGAAUGGUGCUCUUAGAGUUGGGUUUUACUCACGCAAACAUGUUGAGGCUGGCGAGGAGCUGACGUUUGACUACCAGUUUGAGCUUUAUGGGAAAGAAGCACAGAAAUGUUUCUGUGGUACAGAUAAAUGUCGCGGAUUCAUCGGAUCGACCAAAAAUGCUCCAGUGACAAAGGGUCGCAAACGGGAAGAGGAAGUAGAAGAAGAGGAGAAGAAAACCAAGCAAGAACUCUUCGAGGAUGAAUUGGAACAAGAACUGGAGGAAAUGACAUCUCAGGGAUUGAUGAGCACAGAAAAUGUACUAACACUGUGUCGUCUGAUGGUACGGGCAGAGGACGCAGAGCAUCGCCUUACACUACUCAACGUCCUGCAGGUGACGACAGAGAGGAACUGCCUGCGUCUGUUUCUGGAUUAUCAUGGGCUGGAACUGCUGUGGACCUGGAUUGUUGACCUUCGAGACGAUGCAACUGAUGUUAAAAUGCAGAUUCUUUCUACUUUGAAAAUCUUACCCAUCACCAACAAAACAAUUUUAAAAGACAGUAAAAUUUUAGCCAUAAUUCAGAAACUGGCUGAGAGAGAACAUUCUGACGAGAGCUCUAGUCAUUUGAUAUCAUCUACUCCUCCUGUUGGUCAAGUUACCCCUUCUACUCCGCCCACGUCCGCAAAGGAAAAACCUACCUCAAUUUUAUCCAUGACCACAGCCAAGGAGGCUAAAUCAAGUAAAAAGAAAGUGAAAUUUGCAUUAGAAGACGCAUCAAGCUCAGAUAACGAGUCGAGAACUAGUACCUCUGAUAGCUUCAGUGAUAUCGUGGGAAAUGAAUUAUAUACAGACUUUGAUAGUCCACCCAGCAAUGAAAGUUCAAAGAAACGCUUCUUACGAUCUAGUAAGAAAGAUGGAGUGUCGCUUUUGUGUAGACAAGUAAUUGACAAACAAGAUCCCCUUUCACAAACAACAGACAGUGAAGUGUCUGAGAGUUGUGAUGCGUCUAACAGUCAAGAGAAGAUAACUCAGGAACCAGAGAUUGACUCAACAGAAAAUGACGACAAAUUGUCGUCAGAAAAAAAUAGUGCAAUAAAGUGUUUAGACAGUGAAACAACUGUGACAGCUGCAGAUUCUAGUGACAGUAAAUCAGAAACGGUAACUGAUCAAGUCGCUGCAGAUAGUUCAUCAUCAUCUAACUUGGAAUUAAACACCAGUAAGGAUGAGAUGGAGAAAGAAGUGGUGACAGAGUGUGAUUCUUCAGAGCCAAAACAUGAUGUGAUGUCCUUGGCUGAGGAACUGUUACAACACUGGAGUGAUCUCAAGGAAAUCUUCAGGAUCCCAAAAAAAGAGCAGGUGGAAGAAAGGAAACGAAUUGAGCGACAGCUGCUGGAUGUAAGACCCACCAAACAGCGACAGCGAGAGAAGUUUGAACGUUUACAGGAUCAGACCAGAAUAAGGGCUGCUGGCUGGGAUUCUGGAAUCAGAAAGAGGAAGCGCCCACCUCCACCUCCUCCUCCCUCAGAGGAAGACGAUGACCCUUCUAAGCCCAGAAAAACACUUUUACCUUCACCACGUAAGAUGACAAAGGAGCAAAGACGACAGCGGUUUGAAGCUGAUGUGAAAGCACAUGAUGAGAUGGUAGCUGAACAUCAGCGACAGCAAGAAGAACUCUUUAUGCAGCAAAGGCAGCAGAUUCUCGGUGAUCCUACUUACCUGUUCUUCCAGCAGACCCUUGUCCAGCAUGGGUACGGUCCUGAAGUAGCCCAGCUUCACAUUCAGGCCCUACUCCAGGAGGGCCACUUGCCCGAGGCCAUCAUUACCCAGCUAGCUGCCCAGCUGCAGCAGGGUUUACAACAGCAAGGCCUACAGCUACAGGACCUACAGCAACAAAGCUUACAGCAACAAGAAGGAAACACAGAGCCAGCCUUUCAAGAUCCUUCCCUGCAACAGCUUCUUAACCCAGAAUAUCAGCAGCAAGCCCAACAACAGGCCUUACUUCAGUCUGGAAUGACCUUCAUGGAGGGCGGGCAGACACAGCAACAACAGCUUAUGUACCAGCAGCAGCAACAGCAGCAGGGGCAAUUCCAAAACCAGACAGACUUGGUUGCUCAGCAACAAGGCCAGGGUAUUUCUCAGGCACAGAUGUUGGCAACUGGGGCCCAGGCCAUGGGCUUCCAGCAGCAGCAGCAGCAACAGCAACAACAACAACAGGCAACACUACCCUUGGAACAGCAGGCAACCCAGAUAUCUUCAGAUCCACAGAGCAUUGCCUUUAUACAACAGAUGGCUGAUCCAAGCACCACAAUACAGCACCUUCAGCAACAGCUUCAGAUUCAGAGUCAGCUGGCUGCCAUGGCCCAGGGGGUCGCCCCCACUGAGGAGGAAGAUGUUCCUCCUCCACCGUCUCCUCCUAAAACCAAGCAAACCAAACUACCUCCCAACUGGAAAAGUGCUAAAGACUCUGAUGGGAAGACAUAUUACUACCACACUAUCACCAGACAAACUCAGUGGGACACACCAACCUGGGACUGCACACAGGAUGACAGCAUGGACAUGUGUACCCCACCAAUGGAGGAGGUCAAGUCUGUUAAGAAGAGUUCUAAGCAGACAACAACAGCUGCUGCAGAUACAUCCAGUGAAUUAGCCAAGAAGAUUAAAGACCAGUUCAGAAACAAGAUGUCUUCCUAUAUCGUCGUGUGCCUAAACCCAUACAGGAAACCCGACUGUAAGAUGGGCCACAUCUCUUCCACGGAAGACUUCAAACAUCUUGCUAGGAAGCUGACACACCAUGUUAUGGCCAAGGAAAUGAAGCACUGCCAUCAUGUAGAGGACCUUGAAGUCAACGAGAAUGUCAAGGCUAAAGCCAAAGACUACGUCAAAAAAUACAUGGGCAAGUUUGGUUCCAUGUACCGCAAGACUGGGUCUCCAGACGAUUAGACAAGGAUUAGGGGGCCAAGUUUGGUUCCAUGUACCGCAAGACAGGGUCUCCAGACGAUUAGACAUGGAUUACGUGGGCAAAUUUUUUUCAAUGUACCGCAAGACUGCGUAGCCACUACAAUAGGGAUUAGGGGGCCAAGUUUGGUCCCAUGUACAACAGGAAUUGGUCUCCUGACGACUAGACAAGGAUUAGGGGGCCAAGUUUGGUCCCAUGUACCAGAAGACUGCGUCUCCUGACAACAGGGAUUAGGGAGUUAGAAUUGGUCCCAUGAACAACAGAAAUUGGUCCCCUGAUGACUAGACAAGGAUUAGAUGGGCAAGUUUGGUCCCAUGUAUCACAGGAAAUUGUCUCCUGACAAUUAGACAAGGAUUAGAUGGCCAAGUUUAGUCCCAUGUACCAGAAGACUGGGUCUCCAGACAACAAGACUAGGAUUAGGACGGGGCAAGUUCAGUCCCAUGUACCACAGGCAAUGGUCUCCUGACAAUAAGACGAGGAUUAUUUGUGGAAGUUUGGUACCUUGCAACGAUACACUAACUCCCUUGAUAAUGAAGUCAGGGCAAUAACUAUUAUGUAACCUGGAUUUAAUGUUUCUAGUCAGGUUGUAUGUGACAAAAGACUUUCUCUCCAGAGAGGAAAGUCAGCGUAGCUCAAACAAAAAAAGUGCUCUCCAAGUGAUGAUGGAUUGGCUGAAUUUCAAGAUUGAUGUCCUCUGUUGGUUUGUCAUGGCUGUUUAUAUAUUAAACGAAAGACAAGGUAAUAAAUGGGAGCAUAAUUGAUGGACUUUUGUCAAGUUUGAUAACAGGUACAAAAAAGUAUCAUGAAAUGUAUAUAUAUAUAUGUAUAUGUAUGAAGACUGGUUUUUAUACAGUAAGGUAGCUACAUCCAACGGGUAACUUGGUACCCAAGACUUGAGUCAGCAAUCUGUUGAUCUAUUGACAAGGCCAGUAGUCAAAUGUUUCCUUCUCAUUCUAUAUCAGGAAAUCUGUAUGAUUCAACGAAGAUACAUGUACAUUGACCAAUAUUUUUCUAUACAGAAUUUCAGAAAAUACUGGAAAUAUAAUUGCACAAAAUUGUACAUAUAUUGUGUGUAUAUGACUGAUUCAUUUAUAAGGGAUCAAUUGAUGAAAUGGGGUCAGUUUUCUUGCACGAUGAAAGGCAAAAUGAAUUUUUUUUCUUAGAAAAUGGUCUCUUAUGUUUAGACUGAAGGUCAGUUACAGUUGACCUCACAGAUAUUUUAUACCUGAUUGUCUACUUAUUGUUUUUAUCCACAUAAGUUACAUUUAUAAUACUGAACUAAGUCUUAUUUAAAAAUGAAAUAAAACCCAUUGUUUUGUUAUAUAGUCCUUGACAAAUCGAUUAAUUAUGUGACCUCAGCAGAUCCCAACAAAUUGAUUUUUAGUCAUAUUUAAGUAACCAUUUGUUGAUAUUUCAUAGUAUUUUCCUUCAUUUCAUUGUAAAAAAUUCAUAGGAUUUAAAGUGUCUUACUAAGGGAGAUAAUCAGAAAGGAAGAUGGAGAGAAUGUGUUUGGAUGAGUGAAAAUGUUUUAAUGCUGUAUAUAUUUGUUGAUAUUUUAUAAAUGUAACCUCUUUAAACCUUGUUUGGCUCACUGGGUCAAGGGACUGUUUUACCAUUUUUCUAGUACCUCCAGGCAGAUUUGCCAUACUUAUCAGUACUAACUAGGGGCCAUGUGACUCUCGUUCUUGGCUGAUCUGAUUGUCUGUACUAGUAGUUAUCAUGUUAUCGUUGGAAGGGCCAACUGAAGUAAAUUUCCAGGCAGCAUCAUUUCAAUACAUGUUUGUCAAGAUUUCACCAUUAGCGAAUUAGAAUUGGAACUUCUAUAGCUUUGGUUUUUUAUUCAAAAUGAUCAUGAAUUAAAUGGGCAGUAAUAAUAGAUUCUGAACAUAUGUGAAAAAUUUCUUAUUGAGAGAAUCAAAUAUCAUUAAAAAUAUUCAAGUAUUGUAAUAAAUUUUCUAACCGUUUUAAGAAUUCUGUAAUUUUAAUCAAAGAUGUUCAAUUACAAAUAAUAAUUGAAUUUAAACGAAAAAUAAAAUGCUUCUAAUUACCUGGUAAUUUAUGAAUUUUAAUUAAAUUUUAUGUUAAUAUGAUACACAAGAGACAGUGCCCUUAGUCUUCCAGGGUAAACGGCCAACAGAGGUAUUUGAUAUUAAUGGAACUUUUGUUACGUACUGGAAAUAGAAUUUACAAAAAAAUGUGUUUUAUACGGUUUCUGACCAAUAAUGAAAUAAUAAAAAAAACUAAGAUUUAA